CGAUCCAAAACUUCAGUUCUGUGUACCGUUAGGGUUUAUCAGAUUUCUCCAUUAAACCCUUCUCAAGUUCAAUUACUCUUUAAAUCAGCUGGUGUAGAGAUCUUGGACUGCAUAUUGAGUUUCUUGAGAAUUCAGAUUCUUUGGUUCAGCGUGCACUUUUGAGUUGUCGGAUUGUUUAUAACAUCGCCAAGUUGUGAACCUUUUCUGUUGAAUGCACGAGUUUUAGCUGAGUGGUGAGGUUUUUGAGUAAAAGAAACCCUAAAUGAUUCAAGAAUUUGAAUAUGACCGAUGGAGGUAAUGCGGAGGGUAAAAGGGAGAAAGAGAGUAAUGUGGAUAAUACCGGGGAAGAAAGAGCUGGUUUUGACGAUUUUGGGCGAGCUAUAUCGAGGAUUGCUGUGGCUCAAAUAUGCGAAAGCAUUGGGUUUGAGAGCUUCAAUGAAUCUGCCCUUGAAUCGCUUGCAGAUGUUGCUAUUAAGUAUAUAAUUGACCUAGGCAAGACUGCUAGCAGUACUGCUAAUUUAGCUGGGAGAACGCAUUGCAACAUUUUUGAUGUAAUUCAAGGAUUAGAGGAUAUGUGUGCAUCGACUGGUUUUCUGCGUGCAUCGGAGGUGAACCAUUGUAGUUUAAAUUCUGGUAUUGUUAGGGAGAUGGUUGAGUAUGUGCAAUCUGCCGAAGAGGUUCCCUUUUCUCAACCUCUUCCACAUUUUCCGGUGGUAAAGAAUCAGAGGAUGAUACCCAGUUUUUCACAAAUUGGUGAAACACCGGCAUUUAAGCACGUACCGCCGUGGUUACCUGCAUUUCCUGAUCCCCAUACUUAUAUACGGACCCCUACGUGGAAUGAUAGGGCAUCAGAUCCUCGAGCUGAUAAAAUUGAAUUAGCAAGGCAGCGAAGGAAGGCGGAAAUAUCUUUGUUAAAUUUACAGCAGCGAUUGGUGUGCAAUGGUUCAGCAGUAGCAUCAACUUCUAAGCUGCCGGAUGAUGUUGAUAUUGCAUCAAGUGUUAGUAAAAGCGAAAAUCCAUUUCUUGCAAAACCUUUUCAACCUGGUGAGAAAGAUGUGGACAUAGUUUCUCUUCCAGCUAAACUUUCCAGUGAGGUAGACGAUAAAAAUCACAUUUCUUUGCUGGAGACAUUUUCUCCUGCAAUUGAGGCAAUGAAGGAUGGGCUUUCCGAAACAGUAGAUGGUGUGGAGAAAAAUCUUCCGGACAAGAGGCCUGCUGUCUGUUUAGAUUUUAGAACUGGAAAGAAAGUCUUAGGUGAUUCGUUGGAUCUGAGGCUUUUGAAAAAGGGUUCUGAGAGAAAAGCUUCCUUUUUCAGGCGAGAUGAAGAAAGAGAUGAUAAGAAGAGAAGAGCCGAGUUAAUACUGAGGCAAUCUAGGGAAAAUCAGCAGGAGUUAACCCAGUUGUAAAUUAGUUCAUGGAUUGGUUAGCUUGAUGGGGUACUUCCGUUCCCUGUUCGAAACAGCAGCAAGUGAUUAGGUUUAGGUAAAAGUCAGCCAUACUGUAAUUCUUCUGUGAAUGUCACAGAGUCUAUCUGGAUGUUGAGAUGUAGUGUAGAGCAUUUUUUCGAGGUUAGUCAUUGUUCGUUCUCCAAUGAAUUUUUCUCAGUGAGAAUCUUUUACUUUUGCAAAUGAAGUUUCUCCUUCUA